AUGAAGGUCUUGAACAUUUUUGUUUUAAAUGAAAAACUUAGUACUAUAAAUAAUAUAUUGAAAAAUAGGUGUUUUCUUAAAGAACAAUAUGUUUACUUAAAGUUAUAUAUAAAUAAAAAGACAUUUAAUCUUUCUAUUUUAUUGAGAAUUAUUCUAUUAAUUAUUUUGAUGUUGAAGUUUUCUUUAUUAUACAAAAAGAAAAAUGUUGUUAAUUAUUUUAUUGCGAAAGAACAACAAUAUUAUCCUUUCAAUGAAAUAUGUUCAAGAUUUAGAAGAAUAGUGGCGGAAGAAAAGAACGAAAAUGAAUUAGACGAAGAACCUUUUAUUGUGUUAGAUGAUGAUAUAAAUAUAAUACAGGAGGAAUAUGAAAAUAUAAAUUCGUAUGAUUAUCUAAAUUUACAGCAAUAUAAUGAUACAAGUGUGAACCAUAAUGAUGAUAUAAAUACACAACAAUAUGAUGAUAUAAAUACACAAGAAGAUGAUGAUAUAAUUGUAUUACAAGAGGAUGAUAUAGACUUAUUAUCAGAUGAGGAUAUAAAUUUCUUAGAACAACAACAUACUGAUUUGCUAAAUGGGGAAAUUAAUAAUUUAAAUGUUCAAAAUAACUACAAUUUUGUAUAUGAUAAUGAUUAUAAUGAAUUACAUAAAUUAGCUGUAGAAUAUGCAGAUACAUUAAAUGAUGUUAUUCCAAGAAUGGCUUAUGAUUAUAAGAAUAUAACAGAAGAUAUGAACAAAGAAUGGAGUUUCAACAUGUGGAAUAUAAAGUGGUGUAAAUAUUUAGAAAAAAUGAUGGAGGAGGUAAAUUAUUACCUUAAUGGAAAUUUCUCAGUAAAUGAUAAAAAAGAAUAUUUAGAACUCUUAUUAUUUUGGUGUAAGAGAGAUUAUGAUUAUUUCAUAGAUAUUGUUAAGAAAGAAUGGGAUAAAAAAGAUGAACCCGAACAUUAUUUAGAAAGAUAA